UCUCAGGCUUGGCUGCCUGUUUGCCACAGAGGAUUCUGGGAUGGGUCCGAGUUCCAUUCAGCUGUUGCUCAGGUGCCCUCUUGAUGCCAGAGGACCCCCCUGGAACCCUCCCAGACAGCCCCCCCCCCCAGCAGUCUGUGUUGCGAGGUGCCCGGCUGCCAGCUGGGGAGGGUGUGAGGAGGCGUGGGGCCCGCUGCCCCCACCCUGUCCUCAGACCCCCGGCUGGCGGUGCCCUCUGGGCCCAGGUUAGCCCCUCCGCGCCGCAGAGAGCGGGCUGGCACAGCUGCUCCCCUGAGCGCGGCGGCUGGGCUUCUGCCUUUCUUUCACAAAACAUGAACAAUGGAAACAAGCCAGGGAGCUGCUGGGAUGGAGCCGGGAGGUCCUGGGCUCCAAGGUGGCCUCGGACACGUCCUGGCGGGGUGACCCUGGGCCAGUCACUUCAGCCCCGUCCCAACAGCUCUCCUGGCUCAGGACGAUACACAGGCUGAUUCUAAGAAUGGCAACGACAACACUCAGACAGCGAGCCAAGAGGCGCUGGGCUACGGCCGGCGGCAAACAGCCUCGUUUUAGUGUCCUGCAGUGCCCUCGGCCCGGCCCUCCUGGCCCCGGGUCGGCCCUCCUGGCCCCGGGUCGGCCCUCCUGGCCCCGGGUCGGCCCUCCUGGCCCCGGGGCGGCCCUGGGCCCUUCGCCUCAGAUGGAAGGUGAGCUGGGAGCAUUCGAGCCCCUCCUCAGAAGGGAGGGGUGGCCUGAGGCCUGGCAAGGACUUCGGAGAUGCUCAAAGCCUGCUUUACAAGUGAGGAAACCGAGGCCCACCCCAAGGGCAGCUCCACUCAGCGCGGCUGUCCAGCCCUAAUGGGGAUCCGGACGCGGCGGUGACGGCUUCCCUAGCUGAGGUCGCCGGGAACGCUUUAGUUUAGAACCCAAAGACACGGGAGGGGGAGAAGCAUCCAAGAUGGCAGAAUGGCCUUCGAGGCCGAGAGGGAGGGCGGGGGCAGGUGGUUCUCCCCGGCAGCCAUCGACCCUGUCCGGCCUCCCCGGCGGGCCAGUAGGUGGUCAGCGAGUGGGGUGCCGACCUCUCUUCAGCGUGGAAGUGUGAGGUCACUGCCUGGGCCCAGGCGGGCUCUGUAGCCUCAUGAAGAGCUGAGGAGGGAGGACGCAGGCUCGUCUCCAAAGGCCGGAAGGCCCAGUUCUGUGGGCCAGUCACUGCCCUCCCCGAGCCUCCCUAAGGCAGGAGCUUUGCAGGAAUCACAGCUCUCGUCCCCGUCUCUCCCUCAGCCUCUGGGAAGCCGACUUGCCGUCGCCCCUGGCUUUAAUUCGUCCCGAGACAUCCAGGGGCGCCGGCUGACUGCUAAAAGCUGUCCUCCGUCCCGUGUAAAAAAAGGCCAAAUGACAAGGGGCUGCGGCUGAGGAGCACAUGGCGGAGUGGAGCAAGAGCUGCGCCAGGCGUCGGCCAGCCGGGGGAGCCUGCAGUCCCUUCCCUGUGCCUCAGCUUCCCCCUUUGUAAACUGCGGGCUUGGCGUCCGUGAGGCCUAAAGUCCCCUCCUACAGCUGGCUUCCAGCCAACAGAAAUCGUUCACAAACACUUCGGAGAUGGCGGCUGCCGCGUGUGGGCCAUUUUUCUCGGGUGGAGAUAGCGGCUUCUCUUGCUGGGCUGACUGACGCUUGGUUUCUUUCUCUCUUUUUGGCUUCUUACAGUCUAUAAAGUGCUUUUCUGAGACAGGUGAGUGAUUGUUCACGUCUGUCCGCUGAAAGCCCUGCUCAAGGCAUGCUGGGAGGAACCAAAGAGACCUUCCAGAAUGGAGGAUCCACUGAGGAGCCAAUUAGGAGGCUGCUUUCGUCCUCACCACAGCCGGUCCCUUAGAGAAGCCGAAUAAGCCCGAAAGGAAGAGGUGAAAAGUCCAACCUCUCACCUAGUUUGCCUACAGAAGAGAUGCAGACACAUUUGCAUCGGGGCCCUCUGUGGGACUCUUUUCUUCUGAUUUUAUCAUGGCUCCAGGGGGCCGGAUCUUCUGUGGCUCCCCAGCGGCUUUUCCCGGGCGCUUUGGGUUCUUCAUGUUCGUCACUGGUUAGGCCAAAGCAGUGUUCAUUCUGUAGAAUUCAUCCGCCAUCAUUUCCUGGUCUGGGCCCCAGUCACUAGGCCAGAGGUGGGUGGCUGCUUUGCUUUGUAUUUACUGAGGGCUGAGCGAGGACUUCCCCAAGGACUCCUUGGCCUUUUGUUCAUUGUUAAUUCAUUUCUGUUGCAUGGAAAAGCUGGUUACUAACAUUUACAGAGUACUGUAAGCCUUACAAGGUACUUUAUGCCUAUUAUCUCAUUCAUUCCUUUAUGACUAUCCAGGGAGGUAGGUGCUAUUAUCCCCACUUUGCAGACAAGAUAACGGAGGCAGUUGGAGGGGCAGUGACUUGCCCAAGGUCACACAGCUAGCUUGUCUGAGGCUGGAUUUGAGCCGAGGUCUUCCAGACUCCCAGCCCACCUCUCUCUCAGCUGUCCCACCUAGAUGUUCAGGCCUGGCUGCACCACAGAGAAAUAGACAAGAAAUUCAAAAUAAUGACGUGGUGGUAAGGGAGAGAUUUUUGGGACGUCGUUAUUGGGACAUUACUAGCCGUUGGAGGGGAUCCCUGGACAUGUAGAACCCCGGCUUCCAUACAACCGGGACAUUGUGGAUACGGGUGUAUGACGGGAUUGAGAGCUAGAAGGGGCCUCAGUGGUCAAGUAGGCCAACUUCUUCAUUUUAGAGAAGGGGAAACUGAGGCCUAAAGAUGUCAAGUCACUUGGCUAAUGGUACCUAGGGAGUAAAUAGCAUUUGGUUGGUGGCCAUCUCCAUCUCCAAAGCUUCCUAUCUCUGUGUCCCGAACCAACUCACUUAAAUCAGGAAGCUUUUCUUAUCUAUAAAAUGGGGAUAAAUACAUAUUUGGAAUUUGAAAGGGCUAGAGAUGAUAUCUGGCCCGACUCCUUUAUUUUACAGAUGAAGAAACUGAGGCAGAGGUUACGUGACUGACAGGUCCAUCUAAAGAGUGGAUGGUCAGAAACCGCCUGACUCCAGGAGGGCUGCAGACCCUCCGUGUGAAUCCCGUUGCCAGCCCCUCCAAUUCACACACAGUCCGUCUGAACAUAAGCUGGACACUCAAGCAAGAUGGAAGUAUCCAGAUGUUAAAGGCUACCAAAAUCUGUGUGAAUGGAGGCGGCCAAUUCUUGUCCUACGGCUGUGUGAGAUGCAAUUACACAGAAGCAUUUUACAAUCAAACGCCACCCAGUGGCAGCAAAUGGGAGUUUCAUUACGUUGGAUUCCCUAUACAGCCUGAAACCACUUAUUUCAUCAGAGCACAUAAUAUCCCACCUGCAAAUAUGAAUGAAGACUCUACAGCCAUUUCAGUGGAAUUCACCUCAUCAGGCUGCAAAAACCCAGUGAUGAAAUAUACCAGAAAGUGUCAAGAAGAUGAGAAUCAAUGGACUGCCAACAUCACUGCGUGUCAGGAGGAGAACGUUGUCCAGGUGAAUUUUAGCACCAGCAGCUUUGGGCUCAAGUACAAUGUUUUGGUGUUGAAGGAGGGAGAAGUACUGAACAACACAGAAACAAAGGAGUUAAACCAGAGCUGGGUUUCUGUGGUCAUCCCAGUGCCGGUGGAGGAAGGUAAAGGGGACACAGUGCAGAUAAUUCCUCACUUCUCUACAUGCAGUUAUGUAUGCCCACGGCGUAGUGCAACUAUAUUCAGCUGCCCGGAAAUACUCAGACCAGUAGAACCAAAUAAAAGCCAACCAUGGAAAUAUCAGCUGUUCAUUAUCCUGCCCAGUCUGGGUGUGGCCCUGUGGGUGCUAGCCGUUGGACUCUAUCUUCUGUGGAGGCAUGAAAGAGUCAAGAAGAUUCUUUUUCACACCCCAGUGCUCCUUCCGCCCAUCAAGGUGCUUAUCAUAUACCACCCCCAUGUCUGCUUCUAUCAUGCUGUCUGUGAUUUUGCUGAGUACCUGCAGGAUCACUGCAGAAGCGAUGUCAUCCUCGACCAGUGGCAAAAGAGGAAAAUAGCAGAAGUGGGCCUUGUCCUGUGGGUCACUACCCAGAAGAAGGAGGCAGACAAAAUUAUAUUCUUUUUCUCUAGCCAGGCGUGCACGUGCGACAGCUUCUGUUACCCCAAUGCAGGUGGGCAUAGAGACAGUUCCCAAGACCUCUUCACUCUUGCAUUUAACCUUUUCUGUAGUGAUCUGAAAAGCCAGGUUUCCUUGCACAAAUACCUUGUCGUCUCGCUUGGGAAAGUCACCUUAGCUGAGGAUCACAGUGCUCUUGGUGUUUGUCCCAAGUACCAGCUUAUGAAGGAUGCCAUGCUCUUCUGUAAGGACCUCCUCACAAUUUAGCCCUGGAGACUAGCUGUAUACCUCAGGGCUCAUUCCAGCUCAUUUCCCUGAAUUACCAGGAAAGGUAGGAUGAAGGGACCAGGAGAAGCAAAGCCUGAUUCUAGCUCUGGAAGUGGAGGGAAAACUGCUCAAGAACUUCCCUCAUGGGGGUUAUCUGUCAAUUGGGAAAUGACUGGAUGAGUUAAUUGUGAUGGAGUACUAUUGUGCUAUGAGAAAUGAUGAACAGGAAGAGCUAAGAAAAGCCUGCAAAGACUUCCAUGAAUUGAUGCAGAGAGAAGUGAGCAGAACCAGGCAAACACUGGACACAGUAUCAGCAAUCCUGCACAACUGUGGAUGGCCUAGCUUUUCUCAGUAAUCCAAAGAUCCCAAACAAUUCUGAAGGGCUUAUAUUGAAAAAGGCUGUCCACUUCCAGAGACAGAACUGAUGGGAGUCUGAAUGCAGACGGAAGCAGACUGUUUUUCAUUUUAUUUUUUGUGGGUUUGUGUGUGUUUUUUCUUUCGCAACAUGACUAAUAUGGAAAUGUUUUGCAUGAUUGUGCAUAUAUAUAUACAUAUAUAUAUACAUAUACAUAUAAAACCUUAUAUAUGAAAUUGUUUAAUGUCUAAGAGAGGGAGAGGGGAGGGAGGCUUCUGAAUCUGGAGCUCACAAUUUUUUUUAGAUGAAUGUAAAACUUUUUUUACAUGUAAUCAGAAAAAAAAAAGUUAAAAAGAAUUUUCCCUCAUGGCCACACACACCCUAACUGACACAAAGCUCUUAUUCAAUAAUACCUUCCACCUUUGGGAAGAGGAAUGUGUAGUCAACUUCUUGGGGAGUGCUAGAAAAGCAGAAGGGAGAGGAAGGUUUUAGACCCUGCGAACCAGUCUCCCAGUCACACCUUUUUUAGCCACAUAAGCAUUUGCCAAGUGUAUAACUUAGAACUUGCUAAUUCUGUUCUUUUUCACAAAUGUCCAUAAAGAGUGAAUGAUGACUUCAAAGUAACAUUUACCAAACACCUGCUAUAUGCAAAGCACAGUAUAAUGGGGGCUUGUUUAUUGGGGGAGGGACUAUAUCAAAAUGAGUACGUUCUAGUUCCUGCCCUCAAGAAGCUUACAUCCCGGUAGGGCCCAUGACAAACACCUCAGCACAGAACAGUCCAAACCAAGGGCUCUAGGAGUUCAGCAAAGUGGGGCAAGUGUCGUUUCCUUUGGGGGAAUCCAAGGAAGCUUCACUGAGGAUGGGAGACUGAGAUGUCUCCUGAAGAAAAGGCAGGAUUUCAAUAGGAGGAGAGCAUUGUAGGUACAGGAAUGACAAGAGACAUUGGAUUAGUGCAGAACUUACAUUCGGGGAAGGCAACUAGUGUGGCUACACUGGGAUAAAAGGCAGUAAAGUCAGCUAUUUUGAGAUAAAACCAGAAAAGAGAGGGGCACCCAAUUCCAGUGGGCCUUGAAAGCCAGGCUAAGAAACCAAUUGGGAUAAUCUGCAGAUUAGACAAAAUAAAUAAUUCAUUUGGAAGAACAAAAGGUCAGAAUAUCAAGGAAAAUGAUUUUAAAAAACUGGAAUGAGGGGAUGAACAUUUCCCAGAGGUCAAACUGUGCCACUAGCAGGAAUCACUUAAACUAGCCAGGACUUCUUAAAAAUAGAAAAGCACAUCAGCCAAGCAACCUGGACAAUGUAGGAUCCUAAAUAAUGGAAUCUAAACCACACCCAGGCUCAAAAACCUGAGAAGGUCAAUUACUUGGGGGGGAUACGUCUCCUAUUAGAUAUGAACUGCUGCAAAGCUAAAAGGCAUCUGAAAGAAAAUGGGUUCAGUCACUGUCUUCUACCAUAUAGCACAAUAUGCUCAAACCCUAAAUAUUAAUAUAUAAGUUCUCACUACAAAACAAUCAGACAAGAACCAGAUGAGAUACCUUUCACAGGUUAUACCGAACAAAUGACAGAAAUGGUCAUAAAAGAGAAAACAGCCUGUUCUGACGACACGACAUUUUAAAGUCUUGGCAUUAACAAUAUGACGAGGAGUCUUUUUGAAGGAAAAGCAUUUUGACAUCUCUGGUAAGGAUCUGACAUCAAGAUAUAUUGGGAAUAAAUACAAAUGUACUGCAAUAAAAAGGAGCAAACCAUGUGAGCUAUUGAUCUAAGUGACGAAUAAGAGAAAUCAAAACAACUCUAAGGGUUUUUCUUAUGCCCCCCAAAUUGGCAAAGAUGAUGAGAUGAGCAAGGUCAUGGGUCCAGCCUUUCUGAACAGCAGCAACUGGGGAUAGAGCUAGGAACAUGACUCAAGAGCAUCCCCUUGAGUCUAGGAGCAGCUAGCACAGACUCUGAUGGGUCAAACACAUGGUUUCCCCUAGGCAGCACUUGUGGCAGCAGUAGUGAUGGGACAGCCUGAGGAUCCGGGAGUGGUUAAGUCUGCGGUAGACCACAAAAUGGCAAAAAUGUCUAUACCCUAAGAAUUCUAAGACUUGGAGGCCUGCACAGGCUGAAGGGUGUGGAAGGUGGGGCACCAGGGAAGUGACAUAAGGCCACAGAAAGAACAAUGAGACCCUAAAUGCUCUUCAGACAUCCUGCCCAAACUGGAUCCCGAAGCAGCAAGAGGAGCUUGUGACCCCAUCUCUCUCCUUCUGUGGCCAGCCUGUGGGAGCAGCUGAUCAGUGUCACUGAGCUCUCUGCUGGGCUCUCCAGUCAUCCUUUACUUCUCAUGCUGGGCUCUCUGGGUCAUCCUUCUCACCCUGGGCUCUCCAGUCAUCCUUUACUUCUCAUGCUGGGCUCUCCAGUCAUCCUUUACUUCUCACCCUGGGCUCUCUGGGUCAUUCUUUACUUCUCAUGCUGGGC